AUGAGGACUGACGUCAAACAUUCGACGUCAUCACAUUCUGAACCUUCACAUCGUUAUCAUAAUUUACUUUAUAUUCCGUUUGAAUCUGGACAUAAUGCAUCGUCAGGUAUAUCAACAUCAUCAACGAAUCUUGCCCCUAUUGAAUAUAUUAUAUAUCCUAUUGGUUUACGUCAGGGUCAAGUACGUAAAUUAGAAGAUGAUUAUCAAAGAUUUAUUCAUAUCUAUCAAGAAAUAAUUAUACGUUUGGAAAAAUUAGAAACAUUAUUAUCGGAUGCUGAACGUAUUCUUGAUUUAAAUAGAAUUUCGCAAGUUCAAGAUGAAUUACGUAGUGUUCGAACACAACUUGAUGAAUUACUUAAUCUUGGUCAAGAACUUGUAUCAAAAAGUGAAAAAUAUAGCAAACUUGUUGCACCUGAUAUUGAAAAUAUAACACGAAAAUUUGAAGAAUUACAACGUCGUAUACGAAUUAUUCAGGAUACACAAGAAAAACGUUUAAGAGAUCAACAAAUGACAACAACAGCAGCAACAACAACAACCACAUCAACAACAACAGCAGCAGCAAAUAAUAUUCAAGAUGAUCAUCGUGAUGAUACACGUCAAGAAUAUUAUUCUGAAAAAAGAUAUAAUCGUUUUCAACGUGAAUCUCGUCAUCGUUCACCAUCAGAAUCAUCGGAUAUAAGUACAACACAUGGUGUUAUUGAUGAAGAAUUUAAAAAAAAAUAUUUACGUUGUUUGGCUUAUAUGAAAUUAAUUGAACGUUUAUAUGAAAAUCAACCAGAAAGUGAUGAAGAUUCUGAAACAAUACAUCGACGAUUAUCUAGACGAGAACGAACACUUCGUGAACGUCCAGAAUAUGAAGAAAUAGAAAAAAUUAUACGUGAAACAGAAGAACGUGCUUAUGUUAUUGAAAAAACUGAUGUUGAACAAGCUAAUCGUAUACGAGAAAAAAUUCGUCGAUUAAGAGAUUGUUUGGAUAAUCUUAAAUAUCGUUCAAAUCAAUAUCAAAAUAAUGAUGAAAUUCUUCGAUAUAAUGAACGAUAUGAAGAACGUGUUCAAACAACAGAUAAAACAGUACCAAGAGAACGGGAAUUUGAUUCCGAUUUUAUAUAUGAUAUUGAUGAUACACGUUCAAUAUUAAGUGAACCAGUACCACAAUAUAAUGGUAAAUAUCGUAAAACUGUUCAUUCACUUGAUCGUUAUAAAACAGAUGAACAAACGCGAUAUAUUCCAAUUAAUGAAGAAUAUCAUUUACAACCAUUAUUACGUGUACGUAGUUUAAAAGCAAUUGAUCAUCAUACAUUAAGUGCACCAUCAUCGCCUGUAUUACAAACACGUUAUCGUUCAUAUGAACGUCCAAAUGCAUAUUAUAAAAAACAAUAUACAAAUCAACAAGGAUAUCAUGAUACAUGUCAUCAUAGUUCAAUAUCAAAAUCAGCUAGUAUGCCAAAUGGUGGUUUUCCUGUACAAGGAUGUUUAGUACAAACAUGUAUACCUCAACAACCAGUUAUAUAUCGUGAACGUGUUAUUGAUCGACAUGUUGCUGAACGUAGUGCAUCACGUGGAGAUUCUCAUCGACAACAACAACAACAAGAAACAAGUGGUACAAUGCAAAUGAAUUCAUCUGGUACAUAUGGAAAAACGCAAACACAAACACAAACACUUAAUCGAUCAUUACCUGUUCGUUAUGAAACAUCAAAUAUUACAAGUGGUACAUCAUCUAGUUAUCGACAAGCAAAUGGUUAUAGACAGGAACAAUAUCCAACAUAUUGUUAUAAUGAACAACAACAAGGAGGAGGAGGACGAGCUAGUAGUUAUCGUCAACAACCUUAUCCAAUUCAUAAUGUUGGACCACAUCCAACACGUAUUGUUUAUUAA